UUGGAGAAACCUAAGCUCGUCGCGCGCACUGCCAGAGAUCAACACGUGCCUUGCUUGUGGUGGACAUUCAUGUUGCUACGGCGACGUUGCAAGCAAGUCCACGGUUGGUUGAGCAGUCAUGACGUCAGAUUGAUAUAGGGAAUUCCGUAUGCGCAGACACCAAGUGGAAAAGCCGAGUUGAAAACGUUGACAGCUCAUCAUAGUUGUCCUAAAGAAGUUUCAUUUUCCAGUAACUUUUUGUGUCGCCUGGCCUUGAAUUAUUCAGAGCUGGCGUUAUAGAAUUGUUAGCUGUGUACUUUAUCAUGCGUUGGCAUUGCGCGGAAGAUAUGUCUAUAUGUGCAGUAUAAGAUAAUUAGAUGCAAAAUUCGAAAGGGGUAUCAAUCAAACCCGAUGAACACAUCUCUACCAUUAUUCAUAAACAACAUAUUUGAGCGUUACACCGCAGGGGGACAUCUCAAACAGAGGUCAAUACUGCAUACUCAAGAGCAGUUAUGUUCCCUGAUGCCCUGGAGGCAGCUGGCCGGGUGGAGGGCUUGCCCCUGACCUCCCCCGCAACUCCGACCUUACCCGACCCCGAUGAAGACGAAGGCCAAAGAGAGGUGGUGCCAUGGACAAGUCCCAGACGGAGAGCUGGCCGCUAUCGCCACAGCCUGCAGAUACUGAAGCCCUUUAGGAUAACACACAAGCACCAGCACCCAGUUGACAACGCUGGGCUCUUCUCCUUUAUGACACUGCAGUGGCUCACCCCACUCGCACUGAGGGCCCACAAGACUUCCAGCCUCUCCAUAGACGACGUCUGGGGGCUGUCCUGCCAUGAGGCCUCUGAAUUCAACAGCCAGAGACUAGAGAGCCUGUGGCAUGAGGAGCUCAAACAGAAGGGAAAAGACGGGGCAUCCCUGUCUCUGGUCUUCUGGAGGUUCUGCCAGACCCGCAUGCUAGUCGCCAUCUUCUCCCUCCUCAUCACCAUGGUCACCGGCUUUGUGGGACCCGCGGUGUUAGUACGUGCCCUACUAGAGUAUUCCCAGAGUGCCGAGGCCAGGGUGCCCUAUGGCCUUUCUGUGGUGGCUGGGAUCUUCCUGAUGGAACUUAUGCGCUCCUGGUCGCUGGCACUGAUGUGGGCCGUCAACUACCGCACCGCUGCUCGACUCCGGGGUGCAGUGCUCACAUUUGCCUUCCAGAAGAUCCUUCGCUUGCGCAGCACCAAAGACAUCAGUGCCGGAGAGCUAAUCAACAUCUGCUCCAGUGAUGGCCAGCGGGUGUACGAGGCGGUUUCCGUCGGCUGUCUGCUUGCCGGGGGCCCACUGGUGGGAAUCCUAGGUCUGUCCUACACCGCUUACUUCCUGGGACCCACUGCAUUGGUCGGAUCAGCAAUCUUUAUCAUCUUUUACCCUGCUAUGAUGCUGGCAUCUCGUCUCACGGCGUAUUUCCGUAAGAAGUGCGUGGUUGUGACCGACCGGCGCGUGAGGCUCAUGAAUGAGGUUCUUGGCUGUAUCAAGUUCAUCAAGAUGUACUGCUGGGAAAGCGCAUUUGCUCAGAACAUCCACAAGGUGCGAUCAGAGGAGAAGGGGAUACUGGAGAAAGCUGGAUAUGUUCAGAGCCUUACAGUGGGCGUGGCCCCUAUUGUAGUGGUCAUUGCCAGUGUCUGCACUUUCACUCUACACAUGGCCCUGGGUUAUGACCUCACAGCAGCUCAGGCCUUCACUGUUGUUGCUGUCUUCAACUCCAUGACCUUUGCCCUCAAGGUCACGCCCUUGGCCGUACGAGCUCUAUCUGAGGGUUCUGUGGCAGUCAACCGAUUUCAGAGACUUUUCUUGAUGGAGGACCGUGAGGCUGUGUUGGCCAAAACGGAUGACCCAAUGAACGCUGUGGAAUUUCAGGAUGCUACGCUCGUAUGGGAAAAGGCCAAAGCUCCCGCCAAAGCUUCCACCCUCCCCAGGAAGCAGUUCAAGAGAGGAGGAAUGCGUCGAGUCCUGCGCAAGGAGAAACUGAGCCUGUACAUCACUGUCGAAGAGGGGAAAGGCAACAGCGAGGGACCCAACGGGCAAAGCCUCCUCACUGACAUGGAACAGGAAAGCCCCCAGAGUACCAUUUCCUCCACCCAGAGCACCACCAUCCGCCCGCCGCUGCACAAGACCCUGCAUCACAUCGAUCUGCGCGUAAAGAAGGGAACCCUGUUGGGAAUCUGUGGAAGUGUCGGGAGUGGAAAGAGUUCCCUUUUAUCUGCUCUGUUGGGACAGAUGACCCUGUUGGAGGGGCACGUGGUGGCCACUGGAGGCUUCGCCUAUGUAGCUCAACAGGCUUGGAUCCUCAACGACUCACUCCGAGAAAAUAUCCUGUUUGGCAACGAAUACAAUGAGGACAAGUACAACGCCGUGCUUGGCGCCUGCUGCCUGAUUCCUGAUCUGACAGAGCUCCCCUAUGGGGAUAUGACUGAGAUAGGGGAGAGGGGUGCCAACCUAAGCGGUGGGCAGCGCCAACGAGUGAGCCUGGCACGCGCCCUGUACAGCGAUCGGCCCAUCCUACUGUUGGACGACCCUCUCAGUGCCGUUGAUGCCCACGUUGGGUCGCACCUCUUCCAUAAUGCCAUCCGCACAGCAUCUAAAGGCAAGACCAUCAUCUUCGUCACACACCAGCUGCAGUACCUGGCAGAUUGCGACGACGUGAUUCUGAUGAAGGACGGGCAGAUCACUGAGCAUGGCACACACUGCCAGCUCAUGAGCAAAUCCCGUGACUACGCCGCCCUCUUCAAUAGUGCACAGCAGGAGAACCUGGUGAAAAAGAACCUGAAGAAUAAAAAGAAGGAAGGAGAGGAAGUAAUAGAGACCACCUCGACUGUUGUGAAAGUCGCCAAGCCUCCAGCAGAGAAAAUGAAAGGAGACCAGUUGAUGAAAGUGGAGGAGAAGGGAUCUGGUGCUGUGGCCUGGGAGGUGUACUGGGCCUACAUCAAAGCAGCUGGAGGCCCUUGUGCCUUCAUCAUCAAUGUCUUCCUCUUCCUCUUCACCACUGGUAGUAUCGCCUUCAGUAACUGGUGGCUGAGCUACUGGAUUCGCCAGGGCAGCGGGAACACAUCAUUAAUCUUGGAAAACUCAACCAAUGAAACGGCGGCAGCGGCGUUUACAAGCAACAGCAUGAGGCUCAACCCUCAUGUUCAGUACUACUCAAGAGUGUACAUGCUGUCAAUGGGGGCCACACUCCUCCUGAAAACGAUGAGGGGGAUAGUGUUCGUCAAGUGCACGGUUCGGGCUGCCUCAGUGCUCCACGACAACAUGUUCCGCCGCCUCCUCCUGAGCCCAAUGCGCUUCUUCGACACGACCCCUCUAGGCCGCAUCCUCACCCGCUUCUCCCGCGACAUGGAUGAGGUGGAUGUCCGUCUAGCCAUGCAGGCUGAGAUGCUGCUACAGAACCUGACCCUGAUUCUCUUCUGUCUGGUCAUGGUGGGCAUCGUAUUCCCGUGGUUCCUGCUUUCCAUUCUGCCCCUAGGAGUCUUCCUCCUCAUUGUCAACCGCAUCUCCAGGGUUCUGAUUCGCGAGCUGAAGCGCCUGGAGAACAUCAGCCAAUCACCUUUUACAUCGCAUAUCACCAGCAGUCUGCAGGGGCUGUCCACCAUUCACGCCUAUGGCAGAGAGGAUGACUUCUUGCAGAGGUACCAGGCUCUGCUGGACACCAAUCAAGCCUCCCAUUACUUGUUCAGCUGUGCUAUGCGCUGGCUGGCGGUACGACUGGACCUGAUCAGCAUUACACUCAUCACCACUGUAGCGCUGCUCGUCGUUUUCAUGCAUACCCAGAUCCCCCCAGCUUACGCAGGCUUGGCUAUAUCCUACGCCGUGCAGCUGACCGGUCUGUUUCAGUUUACUGUGAGGCUGCUGUCGGAGACCGAGGCUCGCUUUACAUCAGUGGAGAGGAUCAAUCAUUAUAUAAAGACACUGGAGGGCGAGGCACCGCGGCAGAUUACACGGCCGUCUUCUCCUGCCCCCUGCUGGCCAGAUAAGGGACAGCUGUCCUUCCAGGAUGUGGAAAUGUGUUACCGGGACGACCUGCCGCUGGUUCUCAAAAAGAUCUCCUUCGACAUCCUACCAGAAGAGACCGUGGGUAUUGUGGGUCGUACUGGCUCAGGGAAGUCUUCACUGGGUGUAGCUCUCUUUAGACUGGUGGAGUUGACUAGGGGCUCCAUCACUAUUGACGGCAUCAACAUUGCCCAGAUCGGAUUGGAUGAUCUGAGAAGCAAACUUUCAAUCAUUCCCCAGGAGCCUGUUCUCUUUAUUGGCACUAUCAGAUCCAAUCUGGACCCAUGGAAUCAGUACUCAGAUGACCUGAUCUGGGAUGCCCUUGAGAGGACCCAUAUAAAAGAUAUGAUCAGCCAGCUGACCAACUCCCUCCAGCAUGAAGUGACGGAGAAUGGAGAGAACUUCUCUGUGGGAGAGAGACAGCUACUGUGUGUGGCCAGAGCUCUGUUGAGACACAGCAAGAUCUUGCUGUUGGAUGAGGCAACUGCAGCCAUUGACUCGGAGACAGACAGCCUGAUUCAGGAGACCAUCCGUGAGUCAUUCAGCGGCUGCACCACACUGGUCAUCGCUCAUCGUCUCAACACUGUGUUGAGCUGUAACAGGGUCAUGGUUUUGGACCAGGGACAGAUUUUGGAGUUUGACACCCCCGCUGCCCUGCUGGCAGAUGGUAACUCGAGAUUCCGGGCAAUGAUUGAAGCGUCUGAUGGCAAGCUCAGUGAAACAGACCAGUGAUCCCAGUCAAAAUGGGUAUGAAGGAAAACUGGACAGUACAGCAAAGGACUAGACUUGCACAAACUUUUGAGGAUGACUAUUCACACCCUGCCAUGGAAUGAGUGAGAUUACAUAUUUUAUAAGACAAUAAUGACGAUUUUUACAAAUGCUGCUGUAUCUGGCCAAGUCUGUUUAUUUUGAAAUUCAAUUUUCACUUUUUAACUAUGACAGUGAUGACAGUGAUCCAAAAGACACAUCAAAGAUGUGGCUCUAUGGAGAAUUUGUAGUAUCCUACCUGCUGACCUUUGCUGCUAUAAUUUCAUGAAGGCCAAUAGUGCAAGUGCAAGUGAAGGGACCAGAGCAAUGACUCUACAAUGGCACUUUAUAUUCCACGAUGAAACACUGAAGCAUUAGACAACCCUCUCCAGAGGAUGGUCGAUGACACUUAGACUCUUCUAUAAAAAAAUUAUUUCAAUCAAACCUACAUCACAUGUAUAAAUAUAUGUUGCAAGAUUUAUAAUAUGAUAUAAGCAAACAAUCAAAUGACACUGAGACUUCCACAGAAUCACUUUGAUAUACCAAAGUAACUACAAAAGCACAAGGAAUGCUUUCAUUGAUUGUGCUUCAGGCUAGAAUACUGUGAUGACCCUGGUUUAUUGACUCUAUACUUUUGUGUUCAGAAUACUUAGAUUAUUAUACUUUAGCCAUUUCAGUGUUUCCUAACAAAUGAAAAUAUUUAUGUGCCUUUAUAGUUAUUCAUAUUUAAUGUAAUUAUGUUGUAGUCUAUGCCUUUUCUUGCUCAUUUUGGUUUGUGUUCUAGUUUUGUGUGAAUCAAGGGUAUUUUAUCCAUAUGCUGUAAUGUUGAAACUUUAUCCAUAGUAUGCUGUAGAGUCUAUAGAAUGAGAUUUUUUUAAAUUAAAGUUUAAUUAAAGAUUUUUA